UCCCCUGAAAAGAUGCUGCAGAAUGUGCAAAUCUCAAAAUACAGUCAGUAUGAUUCUACGAAUUUCUGCAUCAUGGUAAAGACGCAAAAGCCUCCAAAUGAAUGCAUUAACUAGCAAUAUCCAUCAUAUUUGAGAAGAAGCCAGAUUCUGCAGGAUGUUGAUAAUUGACAAGAAUAUGUCGAACUGUCAAAUGUAUUGUGUCUAUAAUCCAAUUAUUAAAUAACAUUUCAUAUCAUGAAGAACCACAAUAUGGAAAAUAUAGUACAAAAACCUGGGACUAUUUCUCAGAAGGAAAUGUCAACCUAUAUCCAUAGCAGAAAUACAAAGGAUUAUGAAGAAUUCAUUAGUGGCUGGGGAGCAGCCUUCGUAAAUAUUGGGUUUACAUUCCCCAUUAAUAAAGUGAUGUUUCGACAGCAGCUGCAUGGUGUGAGAGUUUGCAAGGCUGUAGGGCAGUUACAGAAAGAAGGCAUCCGUCAUUUGUAUCGGGGAUUGUUGUCCCCUUUGCUUCAGAAAACUACCUCACUUUCGCUUAUGUUUGGAUCCUAUUAUAAAAUUCAACAUUAUUUGACAGUUGAACAUCCAUCUUUACCGCUCCAUGGAGUUCGUAUUUUUUCAGCAUUAACUGCAGGAACCUUAGAAGCAGUGUUGUGUCCUUUUGAAAGAAUUCAAGUUUUAAUGCAAGAUCGCCAGUAUAAAGAUCGUUUUGACAAUACCGCUCAUGCUUUUAAAGAGGUACGUAAAUAUGGAUUCAGGGAAUAUUUUCGUGGAUUAUCAGCAGUUUUACUAAGAAAUGGACCAAGCAAUGUACCGUUUUUCCUCUUUAGAGAUUACGCCAUGGAAAAUUUGCCAAGAGUUGAUUCCCAAGCUGAUAGAAUAUCUCAGGACUUUUUCUGUGGUGCUGUUUUAGGUGCAUCUUUGAGUACUAUAUUUUAUCCCGUCAAUGUAGUGAAGGUUAAGAUGCAAUGUAAACUUAGUGGUGAAUUUGACAGCUUUUGGAAAGUUUCCAAACAAGUAUGGAUUGAAAGAGACAGAAAACUUAAGAAAUUGUUUAGAGGUGUACACAUAAAUUUUACCAGAUCGUUUAUAUCAUGGGGUAUUAUAAAUGCAACUUAUGAAUUUUUAAUGAGAAAUAUGUUUGGUAGUAAUACAAGGCUUGCAGAUUCCAAAUCAUAAUAUAGUUUGGUGUAAAUAUUACUGAAUAAAUUACACCUGACCAUGUACAGGUAAAAUGCACUACAUAUUUUUUGUAGGAAGUGGUAACAUACAAAUUACUACUUAGUGUAAUCAGAAAUAUAGUAUUACUCGUAUAUAUAUUAAAUAUAGCUAGAGAAAUAAUUUAAUGAAACAUUUAUAGAAGUUGAUAAUUCUUUGGGAGAACAUUAUUUAGAAUAAAUGCUUUGCUAGUUUGUGGAAAGUGAAAUUGGCAGUAUCCAUUUUGUGUGUGAAAUUUGGUUGCUUUGCAAUUGUAUUCAGAUGAUUAUCUCCCUCUGCAAAUUUUUUUAUUCAUUGAAAAGCCCUGAAAGUAAAAAAUUGUAGUGUAAAUUUUACUUAUCUUAAAUA